AUGAAAAGAAUAAAUCUCAUAGCAAAACUUAGUGAAAAAAAUCAGGUGUCAUUAUCAUUGAAGCAGGCAAAUUUAUUCACUCUGGAAGUGAUUGUACUAUUGAACAAAAAAGUCUACAAAUUUAGAAGUGAUCUUGAUGAUGCUUUUAAAACAUGUAAAUCUCAAGAAAUUGUUAUUAUGAUAAGCGACCUGACUGCAAAAGUUGGCUUAGAAAAAUACAUGACGAGAGAUACCUUCACAGAAUCAGCAAGGGAAGUUAGCAGAGAAGAGGGCAAAACAACCAAAAAAAUGUGCUUAGAGGCAAAGGAGAAAUGGUUAAAUGACAAGUGCAAAAUUAUUGAAAAGAUCAAAAACAGUAACACAAAUGCACUGUAUAAAAACAUCAAAGAAAUCACUGAAAAAAGAGCUUGUACCGUUUCUCAAUGCAAAAAAUUAAAUCCGGCAAAGUAA